UUUAAUAAUGGGUAAACGAAACAGAGCUGCUCUUUUGCCUACACACUUGCCUCAACUUCAAAACUUGAUUAAGAGAGACAGCAAGUCAUAUGAAGCCGAGUUUCUUCAACAGUGGCGACACUUUCAAUCCACUUUAUCUAUCUUUUGUUUAAAACCUGACGAAGAGUCCAAAGAACUAUGUGAACUUGUUACUUUUAUGAGUCAAGUAGCUCAAUGCUAUCCUGAUAUCACUAAAGAUUUCUCUCAAAGCAUCAUGGAUCUCUUGAAAGAACAUUGUAUGGUACUUCAUCCCGAAGUCAGAAAGAGUUUGGUUCAAGCAUUGAUUUUGUUGCGUAACAAGGGCAUUCUCGAUAAUACCAGUCUUUUACCCUUGUUUUUCACUUUGUUCAAAUGUAAAGAUAAGCAUUUGAGAGAAAUGCUUUACAGUCAUAUUGUGAAUGAUAUCAAAAACUCCAAUGCCAAGGUAAAGAACAACAAGCUCAACAAAACACUUCAAUCGUUUAUGUUUACCAUGUUGGCCUCUGCUACUGCCGGUAACAGUGAAGAAAAUGCGAUUGCUGCUAAAAAGAGUGUGGAUGUCUGUGUUGAUCUUUAUCACAAGAAUGUUUGGAACGAUGCUAAAACCGUCAAUGUGAUUGCCGAAGCUUGUUUCUCACCUAUCACAAAAAUUUCAGUCACAGCUGUCAAAUUCUUUUUGAACAGUAAUGAUCAUCAAGAAGAAGAAGUAGAAGAUGACGAUGUUCCAGACCUUAAAAAGAUGCAAAUGGCCAAUUUACAUAACAAGAAAUCGAGAUCUAAAGACCGUAAAUUAGAAGCAGCCAAAAAGAAGAUUAAGCGAAAAUCCAAAGCCAAAGAAAAAGCAGAAACAUUCAAUUUUUCUGCUCUUCACCUGAUCAAUGACCCUCAAGGCUUCGCCGAGAAAUUGUAUUCUAAAUUGACUACAAAAGAUGAUCGCUGGGAAGUACGUCUGAUGAAGAUGAACUUGGUCUCUCGUGUGAUUGGUAUUCAUCAAUUGAUUAUCUUGGGCUUUUAUCCUUUAUUGAUGAAAUACUUGCAGCCUUCACAGCGUGAUGUGACCAUGGUCUUGGUCUGUGCUGCUCAAUCCACACACGCUUUAGUGCCACCCGAUGUACUUGAACCUGUCUUGAAAGCCAUUGCCAACAACUUUGUCACAGAUCGUGUGGCGAAUGAAGUCAUGGCUGUGGGCAUCAACGGUAUUCGUGAAAUAUGUAGUCGUCAACCUUUAGCUAUGGAUGCUACUUUGUUGCAAGAUUUGGCUCAAUACAAACAACACCGUGACAAGGGUGUCUUGAUGGCUGCUCGCUCCUUGAUUGCCUUGUUUCGUGAACUCAAUCCUGAAAUGUUGGCUCGUAAGGAUCGUGGUAAGACUGCCACGAUUAAGAUGAAGGAUGGAUCUAUCCGUACUGUUCAGUUUGGUGAAGCCGUUAAUAAUGCUGAUGGUCUUCAAGGUCUUGAACUCUUGGAAGAGAACACAGAAGAGAAUUGGGAUGAUUGGGAAGUGGAAGAAUCCAGUGAAGAAAGUGACGAUGAUGACGAAGGAGGUUGGAUUAAUGUGGCUAGUGAUGAUGAAGACUAUGUCAAUGUAAAUUUGAGUGACGAAGAAAAGGAAGAAGAGACUGAAGAAGAGAAAAAGAAGCUUCAAUACAAAAUGGGUUCUGAUGGCGAAAUCCUCAAGACUCGUCGUAUUGGUAAACGUCAACUCAAGAAGAUGAUGGAUGCUGAAGAACAAAAUGAAAUAUCAGAAGAACAACGUCAAAAACUAUUGGAAGCUGUGAAGGCACGUCGUGCUGAAGAACAAGCUAAACAAGAAGCCGCUCUUAAAUUGGCUACCACACGUAUUUUGACACCUGCUGAUUUUGCCCGUCUAAAUGAGCUCAAGGUCAAUAAGGAAAUUGAGCAAACUCAGGGCAAGAAGCGUAGUGCUAAUGACGAUGAAGAAGUGGAUGAAAUGACAAUUUUAGGUCCUCGCAAAAAGACCAAGCAAGAUUAUGAACAAAGAAUGGCUUCUAUUCAAGAAGGUCGUGAAGGUCGCGAGAAGUUUGGUUCUAAGAAGGGCAAGAAGGAUAGAGGUAGCACAACCAACCGUGAAAAGGCUAGAAAUAAGAACUUUAUGAUGGUGGCUCAUAAACAAUCUGUCUUGUGGAAAUCAAAGCGCAGUUUGUUUGAUAAACAAAAAUCACUGCGUGCUGCUAUUGAUAAGCAAAAGCGUCUCAAGCAUUAAAUAGUCUACUCUCUCAUUUUCUUCAUUUAUACAAUAAUAAAAAUGCAAUCAUUCUAGAAUAUUUUUUUUUAAAAAAAAAAUACUCUUUGCUUUAAAAAACUGAAUGCUCUUUCUGAAGAAGGCUUAUUUAGUUUUGUCGAUACCAAAUCUACUUUUUGAUAUAGGAAAAGUAGCUUCUAGCAAAGACAUCAAAUAUGCUACAAGCUACCAUAUAUUAUCAUAUACUCAAUGCCCUCAUUUUCUAU